GCAAUGUGGGUACGUUGCGUGGCCCUUUUCAUCGCCGCUGUCUCUGCGGCGCUCAACGACACCAGUUCGACCAAUGCGACGGCGCCGCCCGCUACGAUCCGCGUUGUCGAGGACAUCACGGUGUCGCCCGCACCGUUCCUCGCACCGUCGCCGUCGCCGCGGAGUGUGCCUCAAGUCACGACGUUGGCAACUGCGCCGCCGGCCCAGGUCAGCCCCACAAUAGUCUUUGUCGGUGUCGGGAUCACGACGCUGCUUCUUGUCUCGGCCAUCGUGCUCUGGCAAGGCCGUCGGCGGCGCCAAGGUCGCCCAAAGCGGUCGCUCGAAAAGCCCGAGCUCGGCGGCACCAAGUCGCCAGUGGCGAUUCUCGCCGACAUCGAAGACGACUCGUACGAUCUGUACAUGGAGACGCUGCGCACGCGCGGCAGCCAAGGCGGCGACUCGCUCUUCAUGACGACACAAGAGAACAUCCAGCACGACCUGCAGGCGCUGUUGCCGUGGCGGAUCGAGGCGCUCGAGGUACUUCCGCGUGAAAAGGUCGAGCACAAGACCAGCUACGCGGCAACGUACCGGCGCGAGCUCGUCCAUGUCAAGCAGUGGCGCGGCGUCAAGGGCUACGAGUCGACCGUGUUUGUGGGCCAGCUCGUCUUGCGCAUCAAGUUGUCGUGCCAGCAGAUUGUCCACUUACGGGGUGUUGCGUGGUCCGACACGACCGCGUUCCAUGCGAUUUUCGAGCACAUGGACGGCGGCACCUUGCGGCAAUACCUCGAACGCACGCCGCAAACAGACGCCGCGUGGAGCCAAAAGCUCUUGUAUGCACUCGACGUCGCCCAAGCCCUCGACUAUUUACAUGCCAAGGACAUUACGCACCGGGACCUUCGGUCGGCCAACGUAUUUUUGAACCAAAUUGGCGACGCCAAAGUGUCCAACUUUGGCUGGCUCACGCCGCGUAUCGAGAUGGGCGGCCCGCGACAAGACGCGACUCCGUGGAAUGCCCCCGAAGUCGUGGCGGGCCAUCAGUACUCGGUCGCGGCCGAUAUUUAUUCGUUUGGAAUGCUGCUCUACGAGCUCGAGGUCCACACCAGCCUCCCGCCCUCGGCGUACGCGGUGCAAGCGCACUUUGCACCGACAAGUCCGCUCGUCAACGUCGGACCGCUCUGCCUCGCACUGAGCCCGGCCCAGCGCCCGACGAUCGAGUGUAUUUUAAAGGAGCUUCGCGCCCAGCUGCAGCGCUAUUAGACUAGACCUCUUCUACUACUAUUAUUUCAGUCAUUCUUUGUCCUUUGUCC